AUGGAUAUUGAUUUUUCCACAAUUAUUGGUGUCAUUUGCCUAUUUGCAAUCUUUGUUUCGUUUUUUCUCUAUUGCAGUCCACUUUUCCAUUGUUCAUCUUCCAAUUAUUCUCACAACUACGGAGUCAACAAAAAUCUGUAUGAUACUAAAGUUUCUGCACCACUAAUGGAUCCCAAAUCACCCGAAAAACCAAAAUCAAAAAAACGGCGAUUUCCUUUCGGUUCGAAUAGUCACGUCGAGGAGGUAGACCCAUUAAUAUCCAUAACACAUUCCGUAAGGGAUAACACAACAUCUUCCUCCACAGUUAUCGCCAAUGUAUUGGGUGAAUGCACGCUAAACCGCCAAUGUGACAUUUUAGAUUUCGAAGCAGAUGAAAAUUACGAAAUUACUACGGGUGCACGUCAAUAUCGAAAUACUGGAAUCAACAAAGUUGAACAAAUUAUACCACCAGGCAAUGUUGCAUCUACCUUACUUGAUAAAUGCAAUAAUAUCGACACUGCAAAGCUAAGAUCCAAGCAGAAUAAUAAAACUGGUGAGUAUAUUGUCAGCAACAAAUCAUUGGCAAAAUUAAAAGGGAAAAUGCCUAUGGAAAAUGAAGGCAACAAAUUCAUUAACAUUCACACAACAAAAAGACACUCCAUCGAAAAAAUGGAUACAUCUGUUAGCAGGAGCAUAUUAGCAUCCGAAGAUGGUACCAGACAUUACCAUGACAUAGAUCCUGGUACCAGCGAAAUUCCAAUAUUUUCAUCAAAUUCGUAUUAUGAAUCCAAUAGAAGGAAUUCUUCAAAGCGAGGAAAGGGUAUAUCCAAUACUAAAAAAAUGAUACAGUCUUCCGCGCAUGGCUUCGUUUUGGAAUCUACACCCAGCAUUUUGGUUGACGAGGAUUUAAGUACAAUAAGAGAAAUUACUUCAGAUAGUGGAGAUUCUGAAUAUGUUUCAAACGACGACGCAAGCGAUGAUUCUGCUGAUUAUAAUGAUUAUGAUGAUCUUGGAGAUCAGACAUAUGUUUGUAAAUCAUGUAGUGCAAUGAUGUGGUAUGGCGAAAGGCUUGACAAACAUAAACAUACAUCAAAGCCAAAAUUUUCUCUUUGUUGUAUGGAUGGUAAAGUUCAAUUGCCGAACUUGAUAAAACCCCCAGUUGUAUUAUCGAAUUUAUUGUUUGGAAGAGAUAGACGGAGUAGACAUUUCCAAGACAACAUUAGAUCUUACAAUAUGAUGUUUUCGUUUACAUCUCUCGGUGGAAGAAUAGAAACCUCUAUAAACAACGGGGCAGGCCCAUACACUUUUCUUCUCCACGGUCAAAAUUAUCAUUUGCUCGGAAGUUUAUUGCCAGAAGAAGGUACAAAGCCUAAAUUUGCUCAGUUGUACAUUUUCGACACAGAAAAUGAAGUACAAAAUAGAAUUGACGCAGUGAGGUCACGAAAUAAUUCAAAUGAUUUAGAUCCAACAAUUGUGUCUGCAUUAAAAGAUAUGAUUGAUAAUUCCAACGCACUUGCUCAAUCAUAUAGAGCUGCUCGAGAUCGUAUUUGCAUAGAUGGAGAACAAGGAGUAAAACUGAAACUGGUAAAAAGUCGAACCAGUGAUGGUCGUACAUACAAUCUUCCAAAUGCCAGUGAAAUAGCAGCUCUCAUUGUUGGAGACUUUGACAAUCAAGAAGGGGUUAGGGAUAUUGUAGUAGAGACACAAUCCAAAAAGCUUCAACGUAUAAGUGAAUUGCAUCCUCUUUAUCUACCAUUACAAUACCCAUUAAUUUUUCCAUAUGGGGAAGACGGAUACAGAGAGGACAUUCCUUUGAGGGAAACUUCAACAAGUAAUAGCAGAAAGCGAAGAUAUGUAACCAUGCGACAAUUCUUUGCAUAUAGAAUCCAGAAAAGAAUUGGAGACAGUCCUGUGCUCUUGAGUUCAAAGAAAUUAUUUCAGCAGCUUAAUGUGGAUGCUUUUUCGAUGAUUGAAUCCCAAAGAUUGAAUUUCAUAAGACAUAACCAAGCUCAACUUAGGGUAGAUAUGUACAAGAGCAUUGAGGAAAAGGUUGGAAGUGGAGAUAAUGAUGGCAAAUCUGUUGGUACACGUAUUAUUAUUCCAUCGACUUUUACAAACGGCCCGAGAUAUAUGUUCAACAACUUCAUGGACGCAUUACAAAUAUGUAAUUGGAUUGGGUUUCCAUCAUUGUUUAUAACUAUAACAUGCAAUCCAAAGUGGCCCGAAAUACAAAGAGUAUUGAAAGAUACGAAUUUGCGCCCAGAAGAUCGACCAGAUGUUCUUUGUCGAGUUUUUAAGAUGAAGCUUGAUAGUUUGAUUGCAGAUUUCAAGAAAGGCCAUAUUUUCGGACGAAUUAAAUCAUAUGUCUGUACAAUUGAAUUUCAAAAACGCGGACUACCACAUGCGCAUAUACUCCUUUGGCUGCAUAAUGAUGACAAACCCAAAUGCUCCGAAGAUAUUGAUCGAAUUAUUUGUGCAGAAAUCCCAGACAAAACUUCUGACAGAAAAAUGUAUAAAUUGGUGAAAAAAUACAUGAUUCACGGUCCGUGUGGUCAAGCUAAUAUAAAGUCUCCAUGCAUGCACAAUGGUGUUUGCUCCAAACAAUUUCCAAAAAGGUUUGCUCAACGUACGGAAGCUGGUGAGGAUGGUUAUCAUUCAUACAAGAGAAGAGACAAUGGGAGAACCGUUACAAAGAAGAAUGUUGUACUUGACAACGGUUUUGUGGUCCCGUAUAACCGUGCUCUACUGCUGAAAUACAGAGCUCACAUAAACAUUGAGUUGUGCAACCAGAAUAAGUCCAUCAAAUAUUUGUUCAAAUACGUCAAUAAAGGCCAUGAUAGGGUUACAGUUGCAUUUCAUAAAUCUCAAAACCCAAAUGGCGGUCCAGAUAUUCAUGAUGAGAUAAAGAUGUAUUAUGACUGCAGGUAA